GCAAGCCUUGGUUUUUCGCGCCACUCGUCGGCGCGGUGUAUUGUUGGGUAGUGGAGGAGCCCGUUGUUGGGGAGCUCUCAUGAAGGAACGUGAAACUGAGCCCGAUACGGGCAGCGACAUGGAGGAGGAAGGCGAGGAGAAUCUAGUUCGAAACCGUUUGAAAAUACUUUGUCAGGAGCUUAAUAUGGAUGAAAAGAGGGCCGCUGAAGCACUACGGAACUUUACUGAGACUUGGGAGACGUAUACUCUGGAGGGAGAUGUUGUACACUGGCUUGUGUGCUCACUAUAUGCAGCUUGUCGAAAAGGCUUCACCCCCACUGUUGGGAAAGGAGUAAUGGAAGGGAAUUGUGUUUCUCUGACAAGAAUAUUGAGAUCUGCAAAAUUAAGUUUAAUACAGUUCUUCAACAAGAUGAAAAAAUGGGCUGACAUGUCAAACUUGUCCCAAACUUUUCGUGAACGUAUUGAACGACUGGAGAGAAACUUUGAAGUUUCAACUGUGAUUUUUAAAAAAUUUGAACCAAUAUUUUUAGACAUGUUUCAAAAUCCACAAGAUGAACCCCCAAAGAUACCAAAAAGCAGGAAGCAAAGGCGUCUUCCAUGCCAUGCAAGUGAUGUGUUUCAGUUUUGCUGGACACUUUUUGUGCAUACCAAAGGGAAUUUCCGUAUGAUUGGUGAUGAUCUGGUGAACUCUUAUCAUCUUUUGCUGUGCUGCUUAGAUCUUAUUUUUGUCAAUGCAUUAAUGUGUCAAAACAGGAAAUGCAUAAUCAAUCCUCUGUUUAAAGGACUGCCAGCUGGGUACAACAGCCUUGAUUUCACAACACCUGAAGACCCCCCCUGUAUUAUCAAUCAUCUCUGUGAACUGUAUGAUGGGUUGGUGGUGGAAGCAAAAGGAAUUAAAGAGCAUUAUUUCAGACCUUACAUUAGAAGACUUUUUCAGAAAGGGAUUUUGAAAGGAAAUGAAGAACAUUUCACAGAAAUGUUGGACAUUCAGAAUUUUACAGAAAACAACAAAGCUAUCAAUAAGGAGUAUGAAGAAUAUGUUUUGACAGUUGGGGAUUUUGAUGAGCGAGUAUUUUUGGGAGCAGAUGCUGAUGAAGAAAUUGGAACACCCCACAAAUUGUCUUUUGAAUUUCCUGGUGAAACAAUGUCCGCAAGGAGGCAAGUGGAAUGUCACCUUCAGCAGCAUUUUGAAAAGGCAAGAUCUUUUACACCUUCAACUCCAUUAACUGGGAGGCGGUACCUGAAAGAAAAAGAAGCCAUAGUAACCCCUAUUUCAUCAGCCACACAGAGUGUCAGCCGCUUGCAGAGCAUGGUUUUGGGACUCAAAAAUGCUCCAAGCGACCAGCUGAUGCAGAUUUUCAGAUCUUGCUCUCGAGAUCCCACUGAAGCCAUCUUGAAGCGAGUGAAGGAUUUGGGGGAGAGAUUUCGGCAUCACUACACAAAAGACACAGAGGAGCAUCCCGGAUCUCACAUGGAUUUUGCUGAUAGCAGAUUAAAGUUGGCGGAAAUAUUAUAUUUUAAAAUACUUGAAAAUGUUAUGGUUCAAGAGAUUAAGCGACUUCAUGGCAAAGACAUGGCAGUACUUUUGGAACAAGAUAUCUUUCACACCUCCCUGGUGGCUUGCUGCCUUGAAGUGGUGUUGUUUGCCUACAGCUCUCAGCGAACCUUUCCUUGGGUUAUUGACAUCUUCAACAUUCAGCCUUUUUACUUCUAUAAGGUUAUAGAAAUAUUAAUUCGUUCAGAAGAAGGACUGUCCAGAGAUAUGGUUAAACAUCUAAACAGCAUUGAGGAGCAGGUCUUGGAGAGUCGGGCUUGGACCAGUGACUCUGUGCUAUGGGAUAUCUUGAAAGCUGCACAGGAAAAGGUUCCCACUUGUGAGGAGGUUACCUUUGCCAGUAAUUUUGAAUCUGGCAAAUGUGGUGGAGGACCAACGUAUAUUUCCAUGGCUGGUCUAUCUCCUAUUAUUCAUCCUCGUCUGAAGGAAGUGAGAACAGACAUAAGUGGGAACAUUAGGAGAGAUGUUCCACCUUCGCCAAUAUCAGUACAUGAUCGGUACAGCUCACCAACUGCUGGGAGUGCUAAAAGGCGAUUAUUUGGAGAAGACCUUCCCACGGAAUCUGAAAUUAAUAAGAUAUCAUUUUCACAAUGCUCUGCGCUGAAGCUGGGCCCAGUCUCUGACCUUCAAGAUAAUCCCUCCUCAUCCCCUGUGCAUGCAUUAGUCGCUGUUACAGCAGCUACAGUAACAACUACAGAUGGACAGAUGCUUACAAUACCGGUGCAAGGUGUGCCAAAUAAAUCUGGAUUGAUCACAUUUAGAAGUUUACCACUUUGUUCCACUAAUGAGCAGGCUGAAGCAUUGCAAAAAAUUUCAGCUGGGACAGCACUUAGUGCACAAAUGCUGGUUAACGCUUCCCCAAAAAAGUCCUUCGAUAAUGCUGGUCAAGAGUCGAACCAACCUACUGGCAAGCCAAAGAAGACUGGCUCUUUGGCAUUAUUCUUUAGAAAGGUAUACCAUUUGGUCAGUGUAAGACUACGGGAUCUAUGUUUAAAACUGGAUAUCUCUUCAGAUCUAAGGAGGAGAAUUUGGACUUGCUUUGAACACUCCGUGGUUCACUGUAGUGAUCUAAUGAAAGACAGGCAUUUAGACCAGAUGUUACUCUGUGCUGUUUACAUAAUGGCAAAGGUAACAAAAGAAGAUAGAUCCUUUCAAGACAUUAUGAGGUGUUACCGGAGUCAACCACAGGCCUCUAGCCAUGUCUAUAGGAGUGUUCUUCUAAACAAGGAAUCUGUUUUACCCUUGCCUGUUCUCACCAGUGAGGCAGAAGUAAUAACAAAUGUUAAAGGCCAUCUCUCAGAGUCAGCAGACAGAGGUGAUCUCAUUCAGUUUUAUAACUCCGUCUACGUGCUACGAAUGAAAGCAUUUGCUCUGAAAUAUGUUAUUACUGGCUCCGAUUACAGGAUGGAAGCACCUCCUUUGUCUCCAUUCCCUUCUGUCAAGUCACAACCACUUUCUCCUCGACGUGUAUCCCAGAAGCAUUCUGUUUAUGUAUCUCCCCAUAAGAAUGGCUCUUGUCCUUCCCCUGCCUCUGCCAUAACCUACAAGUUUAAUGGCAGUCCUUCUAAGAAUCUUCAAGCAAUAAACAGUAUGAUUAAGCAAGGUGAACGGAUGAGUCGGAAACGAGCAUUUACAAUGGACAGCGACUCUGAAUCUCCUGCUAAAAGACUUUGUCAAGACAAUGAUGAUGUCCUUCUGAAGCGAUUACAGGAUGUCAUUAGUGAGCGGGCCAACCACUGACAAACGUGUUUGACAAUGCAUUCUGUUGUUGAAAUAUAAGUUAGCUGGUUAAAAACAAAAGAAGCAAAUUUCACUUGCCUUGGAAUCUUGUUCAGCAAAGCUGAACUAAAAGGUUGCAACACACCAAAUAUUUAAACUGUGACCCAUGUAAAUGUUCCUCAAUUUUUCGCUUUCAAAAGCAUGAAUUCCUGCAGAGUCUGACUCUCAAGCAAUCCUUACCUUAAUUUAACCAUUGUGUUAACUUUUGUCCUGCCAGCAUUUUUGUGAAUUUUUAAAACAAAAGAUUGUGUAGUCACUGCACACCUUUGUACAUUUGUACAGAGAUGCAAAAGAAACUAGACUAUUUAGAUAUUGUGCUACUUGUUUAAAUGUUUUGUCUGUUACCUUUCUGAUAUAAUUGGUGCUAUUUACGAAUGUAGCCAUCUUUUGACAUUAAAUUUUUAUUGUUC